AUGAAGGUGGUGAUUUUCAUCAUUGUUGGCAUAGCACCGACGUGUAUGGCGAGGAAAUCCUGCGACGAUGUAUGUGUAGAUAUUCCUGAGGAACACAUUUGUGGCUAUGAUCUGAUUGCCAUUGGUUAUAUUCGAAAAGUCGAUUAUUUUCGUCCCGCUUACACACUCGAAGGAACUUAUAUUAGAAACCGUUGUUUGAUUCAAGAAAGAAGGCUUCUGUACACAAAAACUCCUUGCGGAACAACUUCCAUCAGCUCCGACCAACAAUAUGUAGUAAAGGGUACGUUCCGCAACGAAACAUACAAGCUAGGAAGAGAAAAGUAUAAAGGCUUUAUCUUCGAAGCCUGCCUGGCCAAAGAUCCUGAGGCUGCAAGACGAAAACUGCUUAUAGCAGUCGGUGAAGCUAAUUGUACCGCCACCAAAAGAAAUCGUCCCACAGAUUGCAAGAUAAACAGCCGGGAAGUAAUAUUAAGACCACAGCGCAACAAAAACAAAACUAAUAGCACGUCUCAAGGACCAGGAAGAAAUAGCACAUCUCCAUCUGCACUCCCAUACCAAGAAAUCAAAAAAUCUUUGUUUGAAAUCCUGUCACAAGUCACAAGCUUGCUCCACUUUGUAGCCAAUGCUCAAAUAUCAACAGGAAUUAUCACGUCUACAUCUGGAGGAAACGGAACGCUCAUACAUCAAGAGAUCCAAAAAUCUGUAUAUAACAUACUGGCAGAAGUCACAAACUUGGUCCGCUUGGUAACUGGUAAUGUUACCUCGGUAGCAAGGCCAGCAAGGCCUGAGUGA